AUGCAAAUAAAUCCGUUCCUACCUAUCAAUCAAUCUCACUCCUCAGUUAUAUUCGUCAAAACAAUAUCACACGGUUCAUAUUAUCCAAUCGAUAUUAUUCGCUUCAUAUCUAUUAAUCUAUUUCAUUCCGUUCAUAUACUUCACAUUAUAUCUUCUUUUUCUUCUUCUUUUGACAUAUCCCUUCAAGACUCAUAUCUGUGGAUUCUUUUCAUUCUACUUGAAUCAUUCAAUCCAUCUCCCUCGAUUCAUAUCUGUGGAUUCUUUUCAUUCUACUUGAAUCAUUCAAUCCAUCUCCCUCGAUUCAUAUCUGUGGAUUCUUUUCAUUCUACUCGAAUCAUUCAAUCCAUCUCCCUCGAUUCAUAUCUGUGGAUUCUUUUCAUUCUACUCGAAUCAUUCAAUCCAUCUCCCUCGAUUCAUAUCUGUGGAUUCUUUUCAUUCUACUCGAAUCAUUCAAUCCAUCUCCUCGAUUCAUAUCUGUGGAUUCUUUUCAUUCUACUUGAAUCAUUCAAUCCAUCUCCUCGAUUCAUAUCUGUGGAUUCUUUUCAUUCUACUCGAAUCAUUCAAUCCAUCUCCUUCGAUUCAUAUCUGUGGAUUCUUUUCAUUCUACUUGAAUCAUUCAAUCCAUCUCCUCGAUUCAUAUCUGUGGAUUCUUUUCAUCAUCUAAUCCAUCUCCCUGAUUCAUUCAAUCCAUCUCCUUGA